GACACAAUUAAAAUCCCUAUAAAAGUUCCUCAUCUCACUUCAGCUAGAACUCUACACACUCUUUCCAACCAAUUGCCUCAUCCUGCCUGUGCGUUAGCUUGAACUUGAAGAUGCCUCAGUUGCUGGGAAACAUAGAUGGGAUCAUCCAGGCCUUCAGCCGCUAUGCCAAGACUGAGGGAGAUUGUACCACACUGACCAAAGGGGAGCUCAAAAAACUCCUGGAGCAGGAGCUCGCUGAUGUUAUUGUGAAACCUCAUGAUCCUGCCACAGUGGAUCAGGUCUUCCACCUACUGGAUGAAGAUUCCAAAGGGACUGUGGAUUUUAAGGAAUUUCUUGUGUUGGUGUUUAAAGUGGCCCAGGCUUGCUACAAGACACUAAAUGAGAGUUCUCAGGGAGCUUGUGGAACUCAAAAGCCAGGAAGCCAGCAUUCUGGGAGUACCCAACAGCGAAAUGAUGGUGAUCAGAGAAGUCAUACUGAAAUAGGAAGAGUGGAGAGAGAACAAAGCCAUACUAGGCAUGGAGGAGAAGAGCAGACAUCCACAGGACAAAACAGGAGCAACCUGACCACAGGGACUCAGACUCGAGGGCAAGAUGUUACUUCUACUCAAAUCUGUGACCAGGAUAGGUGGCCUAAAACACAAGGACAGGAGAGAGGAACCCAACAGGUUAGAGACAAAAUUGAAGGGCAGAGGCAGCCUGAGACAGGAACCACUCAGACCAGGGAACAAGGUAGGACCCAUCAGACAAGUGAGACAGUGACUGGAGGUCAGUCUCAGAUUCAUACAGGUACCACUCAGAGUAGGGAGCAAGGGUGGACACAUCAGACAACUGAUAAAGUGAUUGGAGGUCAGUCUCAAGUUCAUACAGGUACCACUCAGACAAGGGAACAAGAUGGAAGUCAUCAUCAGACGAGAGAUAGGGUGACUGGAGGUCAGUCUCAGAUUCACACUGGUACCACUCAGACUGUGGAACAAGAUAGAAGUCGUCAUCAGACAAGAGAUAGGGUGACUGGAGGUCAGUCUCAGAUUCACACUGGUACCACUCAGACUGUGGAACAAGAUAGAAGUCAUCAUCAGACGAGAGAUAGGGUGACUGGAGGUCAGUCUCAGAUUCACACUGGUACCACUCAGACUGUGGAACAAGAUGGAAGUCAUCAUCAGACGAGAGAUAGGGUGACUGGAGGUCAGUCUCAGAUUCACACUGGUACCACUCAGACUGUGGAACAAGAUGGAAGUCAUCAUCAGACGAGAGAUAGGGUGACUGGAGGUCAGUCUCAGAUUCACACUAGUACCACUCAGACUGUGGAACAAGAUGGAAGUCAUCAUCAGACGAGAGAUAGGGUGACUGGAGGUCAGUCUCAGAUUCACACUGGUACCACUCAGACUGUGGAACAAGAUGGAAGUCAUCAUCAGACGAGAGAUAGGGUGACUGGAGGUCAGUCGCAGAUUCACACUGGUACCACUCAGACUGUGGAACAAGAUAGAAGUCAUCAUCAGACGAGAGAUAGGGUGACUGGAGGUCAGUCUCAGAUUCACACUGGUACCACUCAGACUGUGGAACAAGAUGGAAGUCAUCAUCAGACGAGAGAUAGGGUGACUGGAGGUCAGUCUCAGAUUCACACUGGUACCACUCAGACCGUGGAACAAGAUGGAAGUCAUCAUCAGACGAGAGAUAGGGUGACUGGAGGUCAGUCUCAGAUUCACACUGGUACCACUCAGACUGUGGAACAAGAUAGAAGUCAUCAUCAGACAAGAGAUAGGGUGACUGGAGGUCAGUCUCAGAUUCACACUGGUACCACUCAGACUGUGGAACAAGAUAGAAGUCAUCAUCAGACAAGAGAUAGGGUGACUGGAGGUCAGUCUCAGAUUCACACUGGUACCACUCAGACUGUGGAACAAGAUAGAAGUCAUCAUCAGACAAGAGAUAGGGUGACUGGAGGUCAGUCUCAGAUUCACACUGGUACCACUCAGACUGUGGAACAAGAUGGAAGUCAUCAUCAGACAAGAGAUAGGGUGACUGGAGGUCAGUCUCAGAUUCACACUGGUACCACUCAGACCGUGGAACAAGAUGGAAGUCAUCAUCAGACAAGAGAUAGGGUGACUGGAGGUCAGUCUCAGAUUCACACUGGUACCACUCAGACCGUGGAACAAGAUGGAAGUCAUCAUCAGACAAGAGAUAGGGUAUCUGGAGGUCAAACUCAGAUUCACACUGGUACCACUCAGAUCAGAGGACAAGGCAGGACCCAUCAGACAAGUGUAACAGUGACAAGAGGUCAGUCUCAGACAGGGGUCACUCAGACUACCAAUAACCAGACCCAGCAAUUGCAAACUGGCUAUGGCCAGACUAGAAGGCCAGAGACCCAGGGCCAGGGACAGACUCAUACUCAAAUAGGGGGAGGCACCCAAACCCAGACAGGAUGUAGCCAGGGAUGGGGCCAAGAAAGGAGUCAACAGACAAGAGAAGACAUGGUGGAAGGCCACGGUCAUACUCAGGUGGGGAGCACUUUGCCUGGGGGACAGGCCUGGAGUGACAGUCAAAGAAGCUGCAGUGUGACAGGAGGACUGCAGGAGAAUGACUACUGUCAGACCCAAGAACCCUCUUUUGGAGGACAGGAGUGGAGCAGACAUCAAACAAGGGAGACAGUGGCUCAACAGCAGGACCACAGUAGGGAAUCAGAAAUUCAUUGUCAGGGGUCAACUCAACUUGAAGGAGCAGGCCAGGUCCAGGGAGGAAAGCGAGGUCUCACUGCUCGAGGCCUCUACUCCUACUUCAAAGGCAACAAGCAAUGAAUAUAAGCACUUUGAUUCCCAAUGCCCAAGAACAAGAACAGCACAACUGGGCAGACAUUAGACAGCCUUACCUCUCUUGAUCAGAUUGACUUGUGUUCCCAUAGAUCAGGCUACAUAUAAUUCAGCUGCUUUCCAGUUGAAUUUUGAUUAGAACCUUUCUUCCAAGUUCCUUUGUAUCCCAAACUCCCUCUCUGUCUUCCUGCCCAUCCUUGGUCAGAAGAAAUAGGGGCAUUUGGGUCAAACAUGGCAAAAAAUAGUCCUUUAUGUUUGAUCCCCUUCAUUCUGUCCUCAGGCUGAAGCUUCCUCACCAUGAACUUUGCCAUCUUAUUCUACUAGACUGUACCUUCUAAUGCAUCAAUAAAACCU